AUGGUAAAUGACACAGCAGUACUGGAAUUCAGGCUACUGGGUUUCAGCGGCAACCCACAGUACCAGAUCCUGCUAUUCAUAGUGUUCUUGGUUAUUUAUAUUCUCACCAUUUUAGGAAACUUCAUUAUUAUUUCAGUGGUGACACUGGAGCCACGACUUCAUUUACCCAUGUACAAAUUUCUCAAGAACCUCUCUUUCCUAGAGGUCUGUUACACCAGCACAAUUGUACCCAAGAUGCUGGCCAAUCUACUGGCAGAGAGGAAGAGCAUCUCUUUCUCAGGGUGCAUGGCACAGCUGUUCUACUUCAUUACCCUGGGAGCCACUGAAUGCUACCUCUUGGCAGCAAUGGCAUAUGACCGAUACCUUGCAGUCUGUGAACCCCUGCACUAUAUUGUGGCUAUGACUGCUGAGUCUUAUACUCGUCUGGCUGCAGGCUCCUGGCUCACUGGUGUCUUCACUGGUUUUCUCCCCUGUCUGAUGGUCUCCAGAUUGCAGUUCUGCAGUUGCAACCUCAUUGAUCAUUUCUUCUGUGAUAUCUCUCCACUGUUGAAGCUCUCAUGCUCAGACACCACUGUAACAGAAGCUGUCAUCUUCAUCCUCUCUCUCCUGGUCCUUUCCAGCUGCUUUCUGUUGAUUCUUGUCUCAUACCUACUUAUAAUCCUCAGUAUCCUAAAGAUCCCCUCUACUUCUGGAAAAAGAAUGACUUUCUCCACCUGUAGCUCACAUCUCAUGGUUGUGACUAUAUACUAUGGUACAAUGAUUUCCAUGUAUGUCCGUCCCACCUACCGCCUAUCCUCAGAGCUCAGCAAGGCUGUAUCCGUGCUCUACACUGUGGUGACACCCCUUCUGAAUCCAGUCAUCUAUGGCUUGAGAAACAAAGGAUUCAAGGAGGCCUUGGAAAAAAUAGUCAUCAGACACCAUCGUCUUCAUGCUUUGUAA